AUGUCUGUAGCUACAAGUACAUUAUACAUGUUUUUAGCUAAUCAUGCUGCACAAGCGGUUACAGAUCAUAAUAAUCAUGUUUUCGUUACUGCAUAUAAUAUUCAAUGGUAUAUCACUCCUUUGUACAUACAGAAAAUGAUACUGUUUCUGCUACAAAAAGGAACCAAAGAUUUUACUUUAACCAUCGGUGGAAUAUUUGUUGGAUCUUUAGAAUGUUUCGCUACAAUGAAAGAUUUAUUAAUGCAACUUCAGCACACGUACGACAAGCUAAAAGAUGAAAAUGAAUAUGCUAUCGUAGAAAAAUAUAGCUACAAUGCAAAAUAUUACACAGUUAUUCUUACACGUUUGUGA